GAACAUUGCAAAUUCCGGAUUCUGAAAUGAAGAGCUUCUUCUUUUCCACCCUAAUUCUUCCAUCGCCAUUCCUGAGCCCUAAUCCUUUUCUGCACCUUCAAUGCCGACGAAUUGCGAAGGUUCGCCUCAAAUGGGUCAAGAAUCGGAGUCUCGAUCACAUCAUCGACACGGAGACCGAUUUGAAGGCCGCUUCCCUCCUCAAGGACGCCAUUAACCGCUCUUCUACUGGCUUCAUCACUGCUAAAUCCAUCGCCGAUUGGCCAAAGCUUCUCGGCCUCACCAUCCCUGUUCUUCGAUUCAUCCGGAGGUAUCCAACUCUCUUUCACGAAUUUCCUCAUUCUCGUUACGCUAAUUUGCCUUGCUUUCGUUUGACGGAUACCGCGCUGCUUUUAGAUCAGCAAGAGAGUAGUAUUCACCAAAUUCAUGAGAGCGACACUGUCGAAAGACUUUGUAGAGUUCUUAUGAUGAUGAAAACUAGGGCUAUUCCUCUUCAGUCGUUGCGUCCUUUAGAAUGGGAUCUAGGUCUCCCGUGUGGUUUUGAGAGGUCAUUGAUUCCCAAGUAUCCCGAUCAUUUUCGAUUAGUGAAGGCCUCGAAUGGGGAUUGGUGUCUGCGGCUUAUGGAAUGGCGCGAGGAAUUUGCAGUUUCAGCCUUGCAAAGGAGCAAUGAGAGCUCUCAAUUGGGAGAUGCGUAUAGGCAAUUCAAAAGGGGGCGUACCACAUUGGCUUUUCCCAUGAGUUUUCCGAGGGGAUAUGGGGCACAAAAGAAGGUAAAAGCUUGGAUGGAAGAGUUUCAGAAGUUACCUUACCUUUCUCCAUAUGAGAGUUGCAGGCAAAUUGACCCCAACAGUGAUCUCAUGGAGAAACGAGUUGUUGGGGUUCUACAUGAGCUUUUGAGCCUCACUCUUCACAAGAAAACUAAAAGAAACUAUUUGAGAAGCUUGAGAGAGGAAUUGAAUCUUCCCCAUAAGUUCACUCGAAUCUUCACCCGUUAUCCCGGAAUCUUCUAUCUGUCUUUGAAGUGUAAGACCACGACUGUUUCUCUUAGGGAAGGGUAUCAGCGAGGAAAGCUAGUGAACCCACAUCCCUUGACACGUUUAAGGGAAAAGUUUUAUCAUGUCAUGAAGACUGGUCUCUUUUACCGGGGCAAAGGUGCUGCAUUGAUAGAAAAGGAGGGCAUUCUGCUUAAUAAUACAGCCGAGGAGAUGGUGGAGAAUGGUUUGGAUGUUGAAUCAGAUGAGACGGGUGAUGAUGAAUGCUUAGAGGACGAGAACUCGCAGGCAGAGGAAUCUGAUUCAGAUUAAUGGAGUCUGAUAAGUGGAUCCUCCCUUUGCUAGUUGCCAAAAAAGAGGGACAAAAAUCAAGCCUCCUAUGCAUAUAUAUGCGAAAUUUUCAUUGGCUGAUAACUCCAUUCGAGGGAUCAACAUUGUCCCAUGCAAAGCAAUGCUUUAUAGUUUAUGCGAUAAAGACAUAAGCUAUAGAGGAAAGAAAUGGUUUGUGGUGACAGAGAUUUGGAAAGAUGGGACUAUCCGCUUUCCCGACCCAGGAAAAGAAAUGCUGAAGCUUUGCCAUGUAAGAAACAGCUUCGUUUUCAUACUAAAUGACGUUCGAACCAAAACUUGAUCCAGCAACAAGUUAAAGAGGACAUGGCUGGUAAAGAAAUUAUAUAUUUGCUUCUUUAGUUACAUAAUUUAUGACCUUCCUUUGUUUCUGUUAUACAUGCAUUGAAGGCUGAAAAUAGUUGUUUGGGGACUUCUCCUCUAGAAGGUUAGACAAUGAGAGUCAUUUUGUUGGCGUUUCUCUGUUAGAAAUCAUAUCUGGAAUUUUAUUUGUUAGGUUGUAGACUAUGAACAAUGUUGAGACAAGCUAAGCUAUGCAUGAUUUUCAUGGUGCUUGUGUUGUAAAGCUUAUCAAGCUUACAUUUAUAAAUUUCAUUCGCCUCAGCCUUUUCGGGUUA